UGUAAACUGUACAAGCGCAAUUCAUUCAUGGUUCAUCUAAACCAGUCCCCUUAAAGUGAGAUAGACAAAGAAAGAAAGGGAGAGAGAGUAAGAAAAAUGGCAGCGCAUCUCAAUGUGUUCUUACCAGUUUUAUUGGUUUUUAUGGCCAUUUCAUCAGGACCAAAGUUAUCUGAGUCUGCUAGAACUUUCACCAUAAUAAACAAUUGCAAGGAGACAGUCUGGCCUGCAGUGACCCCAGGGGAGAGCUUUAAUGGUGGUGGUUUUAUGCUAAAACCGGGCCAGUCAAUCAUAUUCACUGCCCCAGUCAGCUGGUCAGGCAGGAUAUGGGGUCGAACGGGCUGCAACUUCGACAACAAAAAUGGCAACACUUCAUGCCAGACCGGAGACUGUGGCGGCACCCUCAAGUGUGGAGCUUCAGGAAAGACGCCAGCAACACUUGCCGAAUUCACAUUGGCAUCUCUAGACUUUUAUGAUGUUAGCCUUGUUGAUGGGUUCAACUUGCCAAUGGUUGUGACACCUCUGAAUGGUACGGGAAAUUGCAGUGUUUCGGGUUGCGAUGGGGACCUGAGGUCCAGUUGCCCAUCUGUGCUCUCUGUCAAAGCAAAUGGGAAGACUGUUGGAUGCAGGAGCGCCUGUGAUGUGUUCAACACUGAUGAGUAUUGUUGCAGAGGGGUUUUUGGCAACCCUGUUACAUGCAAACCCACAUAUUAUUCCAAGAUGUUCAAAGAAGCAUGCCCGACUGCCUAUAGUUAUGCUUAUGAUGAUCCAACCAGUAUCUUUACUUGCUCUGGCACAGAUUAUGUGGUUGCAUUCUGCUCAAGCAGGAAGCAACCAGUGUGCACAUAUCAUAACCACAAGCUUGUCUGUAGUACUAAUGGAUCAAAAGGUUUAAAUUCAAUGAGAUGGACUGUGAUGCUUGCACUGAUGGUGAUGAUUAAUUUAUGGAUUAUUUUUUGAAAAAAGGGGUUUUUUUUUUCCCAUGAAGCUUAGAGGUGUGUUUGUUUUACAUCCCCUUUGAACUUACAGAGCAGCACCUGAAAAGAAUGUAAAAAUUGUCCAUACUGGUUGUACAUAUGAAGUUAUUCAUUUUAUUCUUUCCUUUAGAAGAGGGAAAAUAAUGAAUGCGGUUGGCUUGCUUUA